AUGAAAUCAGCUCGAUCCUUCAGUUCUCUCAAUCUCAGCACCGACCAGCAGUGGAAGUACCUCACAGAGCACGACCCUAAGUUUGAAGGGCAGAGAAAACUCAAAAUAGAAGGCAAGGAGCUGGUGUCGGUGCCUCUGCGGGUCUUUGGCUUGGAAGGCCUGCAGGUCCUGGAGAUGAGCCCGGAAAGAGAGAGCUGCCUGAGGUACAGGAUGGAGCUGAUCCCUCGAGAAAUCAGCCACCUGAGGAGCCUAACCCUUCUUUACAUGGACUCCAACAACUUGAAGGAGAUCCCUGCCGAGAUCGGCACCUUGAGCAACUUAGAGAGACUCACCCUCAGUAACAACCGCCUGACCUCUCUGCCACCAGAGAUCGGUGGCCUGGAAAAGCUACACAGCCUGCAUCUGGCCAACAACAACUUCACGGAACUGCCUGCCCAGGUCUGCCAGCUCAGACACCUCACUUUUUUGGAUGUCAGCGAUAACCAAAUAAGCACCCUCCCUCCCAGCAUUCAGCAUCUACAGAAGCUGGAGACGUUGCUGAUGCUGUUCAACUCUCUCGAGCAGCUGCCGGGGAACGUGUGUCUCUUAAGAAACUUGCGCACUCUGUGGCUGGGCUACAACCACCUAAGGGCCCUUCCUGAAAAUUUUGGAGCGCUGGUCAACUUGGACUGGGGAAAUAAUUACUGUUCGUGUAAUUUUGAGGGGAAUCCACUGGUACGUCCACCCCAAGAAGUAUGUGGCGGAGGCCCCGGAGUGAUCAGGGAGUACUUUGCUUCACCCUAUAGAGCAUUAGGAGAAUAG